UUCCUGGCUGGCUGCUGGCACUCUAGGAGAGACAUGCUGUUUUGUUUAAAUCCUCCACAUUCUUUGCUGUGCCAUAUCCCCAUUGGCCGGAUGGGGCCAUCCUUCCUGCUGUGGCUGCUGAUGUCAGACACACACUCAGACCCGAGCUGAGGCUGCUGCUGCAGAGACGACUCAGUUCUGCUAGCUACAACUCACACACACAGAGCUGUGCUGGGGGAAACCCAAGCCCCAGGAAGGAUCAAAGGUGUGUGUGGGGGGAAAUAUCAGGCAGCAGAUCCAGUCUCUCCCCCACAGUGCAGAACUGGUGCGUGCAUAAUAGCAGCUGUAAUACAGAGAGGAAGAGGGAGCCUUGUUUAUCAGCCUGUAAAGGAAACGUUAUAAAGCCUUUGUCUUGGAAGUAAGCAUCUCAUCCUUGCUGCUGCCACUGCUCCAAUGUGCUGCUGCUGGUGACAUUAAUGUUUUAGGCUGGUUGUGGGUUUUUUUGGUUUCUCCAGGCAUGUCUUGAUAUAGCUGAAAAGGAACUGUUGUUUUAAUACAUUUCCAGCGGAUGUCUUUGACUUUAAAGAUCGCAUUUGAUGUUUGAGACGUCUUUGUGUGUAUGUAUGUGUGAAAUUCACAUGAUCUCAGUUUGAAGGAGGAAGAACUGGAAGAAAGGAGCAGUUGUAUUGGUUUUUCUUCUUGCUGGGUCAUCCCUCCUGGAUGAUAGUGUUGGGGUCUUUUGAACACAUUGUCAAGUACACACUCGACCAGGGGCUUGAUUCAUUUUUUGUGGUUUUGUUUUUGCCGUGAUCAGAGUGCAGAAAUAACCACUCUUCUCCAGCUUUGCUGGUUUGCAGCAGAAAUAUGCUCUUGAAGGAGUACCGGAUCUGUAUGCCUUUGACAGUUGAAGAGAAUUGGACAGCUGUACAUGAUCAGUAAGCAUAGCCAUGAGCAGAGUGACCGAGGGGAGGGCGUGGAAGUGGUGCAGAAUGAACCCUAUGAAGAUCCAAAUCAUGGCAAUGGUCAGCUAACAGAAAAGCGGGUCUAUCUCAACAGCAAACUACCUAGCUGGGCCAGAGCAGUUGUUCCCAAAAUAUUUUACAUUACAGAGAAGGCUUGGAAUUAUUACCCAUAUACAAUCACAGAAUACACAUGCUCAUUUUUGCCUAAAUUCUCCAUUCACAUAGAAACAAAAUAUGAGGACAACAAAGGAAGCAAUGACAAUAUUUUUGACAACGAAGCCAAAGAUCUUGAGCGGGAAGUCUGCUUUAUCGAUAUUGCCUGUGACGAAAUCCCUGAGCGCUAUUACAAAGAAUCGGAGGAUCCUAAACAUUUCAAGUCAGAGAAGACGGGGAGAGGCCUCUUAAAAGAAGGCUGGAGGGAGACACACCAGCCGAUCAUGUGCUCCUACAAACUGGUGACUGUGAAAUUUGAAGUCUGGGGACUUCAAACUAGAGUAGAACAAUUUGUACAUAAGGUGGUCAGAGAUAUAUUAAUGAUUGGUCACCGACAGGCUUUUGCAUGGGUUGAUGAGUGGUAUGACAUGACAAUGGAUGAAGUCCGAGAAUUUGAACGUGCAACUCAGGAAGCCACUAAUGAGAAAAUUGGGAUUUUCCCACCUGCAAUAUCUAUCUCUAACAUUUCCCUGCCUUCGUCAACCCGUAGUGCUCCUUCUAGUGCUCCAUCCACUCCUCUGUCCUCAGAUGCUCCUGAAUUCCUAUCAGUUCCCAAAGACCGACCUCGGAAAAAAUCUGCUCCAGAAACCCUCACACUUCCAGACCCAGAGAAAAAAGCACUUUAAAUUUAACCUAGCAUGUUUCCUUCUGACAAGCCAUGUCUGCCAGAACAAGAGUAACUUAACAUUUACAAAGCUCGGUGUGGUUGUUUGUUUGGAUUUUUUAAACAAUGUUACCAAUCUAGAAAGAUGAUUUCUUUAACUCAGACUUGUUCCUUAAAAUCCUUAAAUAAGUGCAUGUGAGAGAACAUAGUUCAUAUAUUCUGAUUCCCAAAGUAAAGCUCAAAGCCAUAGGGCACAUGCUAUUAAUGUGAAAUUAAAUAGUCUGAGAAUAGCCUGCAAUUGUGAUUGGAAAUGCUGUAGGUAUUUAAUAAAGCUGACAAGGAUUUCUGAAGGGAACUAGUGUCAAUUUAGGUGCAGGGUUAAGUUAAAGAGUUAAAAAUCCAAUUUUCUCCUAUUAUAUCGGAAUUUCUAAAAUUUUUCUACUCUCAGGCUUAUCAUGUCUAAUCAUAAACCUUUGAACUGCUACUCAUUGAUACUUGAACACCAACAGCAAUUAUUCAAAUUCAGAUGUUGCUUAAUAUGACUCAGGAUUUGGGGCCUAGCUAACACAAACUUUAAACUUUUUAAAACUAAAUAACCAAUGCACCAAGGCUCCAUUUGUAAUUAAUAAUACUGACUUUAAGGCCAUUGAACUAUUUAUACCUUGCACAGAAUUUAUAAAAGAUUCCACCCAUUUCUUGUUUAUAUUGUAUUUUACUAGUUCUCCCCAGUCCUCUUGUGAUCUCUCAAGUAUGUGCUGGUGUUUGUAACCCCUGCUCCAGAUAUAAAAAAGAUGGAAACACAAGCAGCUAAAUAGUUUAAAGAGUCCAGAUAAUGCAAGGGUCUGCUCCCAAUGAAGCUGUCAUCAUUGCAUUCCUGUCAUUCAUUUAAGUCCUAUGAGCUCCUGUCUAAUCACAAUGAAACCAGCUUUCAGGGUCUGAUCCAAAUCCUACUGAAGCCAGUGGGAAGACUCCCAUUGCCUUAAAUGGGCUUUGACUCAGGCCCUAAAUAACCACUUGAGGGUUUGUAAAAAAAUCUGGAGUUUAAGGAGGGAGGUCUUCUACUAAAGGUGGGGAAGAAUGGUAUUUAGUACAUUUGGGGAUACUUUAGGACAAUCUCUUAAGACAUGUGGGUGCCUAAUAAGGAUAGCCUCCUGUACAGAUUUCACUGUACUAAUCAGCGCUGAAUGUAUAUUAUGCUAUGGUGUUUUACCAGACGCAGAAUAGUUGUUGGUUGAGCAUGGAUAGUGAAUAACUAGGCCAUGAUGCUUUGGAACAGCACCUGGGAGUAAAGAUUCUGAAAAGAAACAUUUUUUAUAUGUCCACCAUUGGAAAGUUCUUUAAAGAUCUUCAGUCACGACCUUUGCUCUGCCCUGAUGUGUUACAUAGGGUUACCAUACGUCUGGAUUUUCUCGGACAUGUCCGGCUUUUUGGUCCUCAAAUCCCCGUCUGGGAGGAAUUUCCAAAAAGCCAAACAUGUCCAGGAAAAUAGGGAGGCAUGGUAAGGGGACCCCGAGUGCGAGUGGCUGAAGCAAAACUUACAACUCCCGCGAUCUGCCGAUCUGCCGGGGCACAGAGGCGGCAGGCGGCAUCCGAGCAUGCAGCCGCCUCCUCCCCGGGCUCCAACUUUCCCGGCUCCCGCCACUCUCCACCGUGCCCUGGGGCCAAAGCAACUUCCCCAGCGCAGCAGCAGCCGGAGCCCGGGGAGGAGGCGGCUGCGCACUCGGAUGCCGCCCGCCGUCUCUGUGCCCCCGCAGAUCGGGGGAGUUCUUAGUUUUGCCGGUAGCGCUCGGGCAAAAGAUGCUCGGGGGAUCCUGAGUGCGAGUGGCUGCAGCAAAACUAACAACUCCCCCAGUCUGCUGGGGCACAGAGGAGGCGGCAGCGGCAUCCGAGCGCACAGCUGCCUCCUUCCCGGGCUCCAACUUUCCCGGCUCCCGCCGCUCUCCACCGCGGCAGGGGCCGAAGCAACUUCCCCAGCGCCGCAGCAGCAGCCGGAGCCCGGGAGGGAGGAGGGGGAAUGCAGGGUGCUCAGGGGAGGGGGUGGAGACUUUGGGGAAAGGGCAGAGUUGGGGCGGGGAAUGGGCAGAGUUGGGGCGGAGGCGGGACCCCCAUGGAGUGUCCUUUUCUUUCAGUGUUGAAAUAUGGUAACCCUAGUGUUACAUAUUCAGAUUCAAUUUCAGAUCCCAGUCUAGGUUUCUUGCUUCAUGGGCUAAUGGGAUAAUAAUAUUUAGAAGCAGCAUAUUCACCCCUCAAACAAAAAGAAGUCAUUCAGCAGUGGCCACCUUAGCCAGUUAAGGAGCAGAUUUGAUGAGUUCUAUCCUGUCCUCACUGGCCAGAAGGAUUGUGAUAGUGAUAGGAGAGCUCAUAGGUAUUGAGGGGGGAAAUAUGGGGAUCCUCUGGCCUUCCUGAGGGAGAAAGAGGACUUACCCUUACUCUAUCCCUGUCCUUUCAUGCUAAGUGCGGUCUCCAGUAGCAGGAAGCAGAUCUCAGACUUUGCCAUUGAUCUCUAAAAGGAGAGAGUAAUGAAAGACACGACUUACACAAAAUAAAGAGAUCAUCUGGCAACUAAAUAACAUGUAAUGUAACAUGUGGGAAAGGGGAGCAACAUCCCUGGCCUGUUAGUGAAAUCACCCUUCAGUCUCAGGAAUAAAAAUCAAAAAAGGGAUUUUCUCCCCAAGCCAGGAGUAAAAAAAAUAGGGAAAUAAGGAGCCACUUCCUUUCUAAAAUUCAGCCUUAUGGAGAAACCUUUCCUAUUGAUGUCCAGUCACAGGGCUCCUUGUUGACGUUCAUAUAAUGGGUUUAGUCCUUUGCAAUGCUACCACUGUGUUUAGUCCUCUGUGAUGCUAUUUAACUAAUGUCAGCAUCUACCACCAUUGUUGUUGUAGUAGACUUUAAAUAAGUCAUUGUGAAAUGCCCAGUGAAAGGUGGAUAUUAUCUGAAUCACAUAUUCAUAUUGAGAUGGUAUCUUGUACUAUCAGUUAUAACAAGCAUAGUGAAGCAGAGAGACGGACCUCACGGAGUUAAAGUAUCACUGAAUGAUGAAGAAUCAGUUUGUCGAUAGAAUUCCCCGGGUCGGGAUAUGUUUGUACCGUCUUCCCAGCAUGGUAGCAUGAUUUUUGCUUGUGGAAAAGUUUAACUGACUUAAACCUUUUGACCUUCCGAACAGCUCCAUGUCCAGUAGUAGAUGCUAAGGUGAAUGUCUGAUUUUGAUGGGCUAGUUUUAGUAAUGGGAGAGGGAGGGGAAGAAUUCCACUGUCAGAUGACAUUGAAAAUAUGUGUGUAUUUGAAAGUUAAAAGCCCAUGGCUAAUAAAAUCCAGUAGCUCUUUGUAGGUUAGCCUAUGGUAUGACUUCAUCCAUUAUCUCAUAUAUUGUCCAUGUUCUGCUUUCCUUUCCUCUCAAGGCCAGCAAUUCCAUGUGCUUAGUAAAUUAACUGGUGAUUGAUAUUUGUGAUUUUUUUUUUAGCCAGUGUAAUGCCACAGGUAUCAAAUGCUAAAGUACCCCACAUUGGCUUAUGACUUUAAUUAACAGAUGGGUGUACUAAUUAAGUAUUCAUAAUUUCUGCAUGUAUACAAAUAAAUGUUGAUAUUCUUUUAUUUGCUUCUGAAUGUUUAACACAGAUCAUUAGGACAAAGCAUACACAGCUUUACUCAUUUGUUUAUUUUAUUUAAGUCUCAAACUUCCUAUCCUGCGUGGAUAAGAUCAUUAUCGUAUGUAGGUUUGGGGAUCAGGCAUGUAUGAACAUUAUUAACAUAUCUUAAGAGGAUUCAAGUUAAUUAGCUGCAUGGUGGAUAUUUAGGAAAGAGAAACGCAUUGACUGAGCAUGCAGUGGAGAAAUAAUGAAUCCUUAAUGCUAUGCCUCUGCAUGCAAUUCUAGAACUCUGAGCUCCACUCACGAGUACUGUAUUACAGAAGUAUAAUGUUUACUGAAUAGACAACUAAUUUUUCUAAUUCACUGCUAGCCAAAAUGGGGAUCAGUACAAUCCAUACCUGCCUUCAAUGUGGGUGCUAAUGGAGACAAAUAAAAAGAUCUAUAGAAUGUCACUGCUUUGGAUGAGAAAGAACUAUAGGCUACAUCAUGCUUUUCACGGGUUACACAAGCAUCCUAUCCUGUGUUCUGAUCUGUUUUACCCCAGUGUUUCUACCAUUAAAUAUGCUCUCAAAAAUAAUCUUUCAAUGUCAUUUUAUUUUCUUUUUGUCAUGGCAGGGUAGCUAUUUUCUACCAUGUUCCUUAUGCACAUACACAAAAAUAAAAAAAAGCAAUCUAGAAUAUUUUUCUGGCAACAUGUUUUGAGAAAAUGUUUUGUUUAUUUUCAUUGUGAAUGGAUUAUGUAAAAAUACCUUCUGUAGAAUUUUCAGACAUGUUUGUGGGGAGGGGAAGGAAGUAGGGUAUUUUGCACAUGUUGAUUUCUUUUGUGGGGAAAAAAAACUGUACUACGCACAUCUUUAAAGUAUGAUGCAACGCAGCAAAACUGAAGUUACUUAAUAAUUCGGUAGCCUCCUUAUUCCCUGCUGCCAUGACUGGAGAAUUAAAUAAUACAACCAUAGUGAGGCUCUACAAACAAAUUAUCAUCAAGAAGAGCACAAUGAAGCUGAUAAGGCAAUUGGCUUAUGAUUUUUUUUAAAUGCUUCUCCCCACUCUGCUCCUACUUUUAUAUGUAUUUCCUCUAGAAUAAUCACACCUUGCAGAAUGAUGCUGGCAAUUGAGGGCUCAAUCCUGCAGUCCUGACACAGGUAAAACACUUACUAAAUUAAAAAGAGAGAUUUCUCUGAAUAAUAAUUUGCAAGGGCCCGGUCCUGCCACUCUUAUUUGUGUGAAUAGUCUUUAGUAAUAGACUUCAAUGGGAUUAUUCACUACAGUAAUGAUUGGUCACAUAGGUAAGGGUUACAAAAUAAUCCAACAAAAAGGCAUAGUUUGAUCUUAUUCUGUUGCUUUUUGAUCAUACCAAGAUUUUGGGAGAUGAUUUUGCUCCAUUGAGGGCACAAUUCAAAUUCUUUAGUAGUAGUAUACAAAAACAUUAAAGAACAUAAGGCGCUUAAAUAGAUAUUUUGAAACUGGACUAUUUGUCCAGUGAUUUUAAUUUGGUAAUUAAACAGCAACAAUCUUUAAUAACGCAUUGGGAUUUGCUGCACUAUAACUUAACAUUCUCUUAUUUAAAAUAGGCCGAACAGACACGCUUUUUAUGAGUUAUAAGUGCAAUAGGAGAGAAUACAUGAAUUUGUCAAUAGGAACUUUUCAGCUGCCAUUAUUCAGACUUAAUUUAGUUGUCUAAAUUCCAAAAUGCUUGAGGCUAAUUGAGUCUAACAAUGUUUUUGCUUUAAAUGGACAGCAUGAUCAUUGAAUUACAAUCUCCUCUAGUUUUUGGGUGUCACUAAUACCGAUUAAUUGUUUUUAUUUCAUUUCUGUGAAAGUUCCAUGUGACUUUGAAUGUCCUGUAAUCCUUAGUGUCUAGCUUUAGGUUUAGAGUUAUGACAUUUAACAUUAGAGAAUGUACCACUGCCAUCAGAGAAGGACCAAGCUUUGAAAUGUGCCAUAUGUUAAACAAUGCAAGGCUAAGCAGAAGAAUUUUAUUCUCAUAUCUGUCAUCCAUAUCGCUUAGUUGCUGUUUUUUGAGUUAUUUAUUAUUGUUAAUAACUUACUUUUCCUUACAUUCUGUUGUAAAUAAACUACCAAGCAAUCUUCUUUA